GAGGGGGUGUGAGUGGACGAGUGGGGAGGAGCGUGUGGUUCGUGGUGGUGGUGGUGGUGGCCGUUUCGAGGAAACGCUGUUCCUGCCUUCACCGCCCUCCCCACGGUCCACCCAUCCCACCACCAAGACGCCUCCCCCUCUAGCGCGGGCAGCAAAGGCGAGCAGCUUCAGCAGCAGCAGAAGUCUCAGCGGCGCGUCCGCUCGCUCCCUGCGUCUGCAGCGCAGCGCGCGCGCGCGCCAUGGCGGAGGGCUCGCCGCGUGCCGCUCUCUUCGCCAGGAACGUGCACAAGCACUGGAGUCGUGCUCACGAGAAGGUUUUGCAAAGACUUGGCAAGGCCGACGAGACGAGGGACGAGCAGUUUGAGCAGCUGGCACAGAACUUUGCACAACAACAGACAGAGAGCAGCAGACUGAACAGGGACCUCCGGGCUUACCUGGCCUCUAUCAAAGCGCUGCACGAAUCGAGCGGCCGUCUCUGGGAGUCGUUGCUGCUGCUGAGCGAGGAGGAUUGGCCCGAGCGCGAAACACUCAGCUGCAUCGCCGAGACCACGGAGCUGCUAUGGGAGGACUACCAUCAGAAGCUCUGGGACCAGACCCUGCCCGCUCUGGAGACCCACCAGGCUCCGUUCGGCGACGUCAAGGCCAGGAUGUCGAAACGGGCGCGCAAGCUGGUGGAUGUCGACGGAGCCCGGCAUCACCUGCAGGCCCUGCAGGCCGGCAAGAAGCGUGACGAGGCCAAGAUAUCCAAGGCUGAGGAGGACUUGCAGAAGGCUCAGCGAGUCUUCGAAGAGAUCAACUCGGAGCUCCAGGACGAGCUGCCGGCGUUGUUUACCAGUCGUGUCGGUGUGUACGUGAACACUCUGCAAAGCAUGGCUGGUGUGGAAGAGAAUGUGUAUAGAGAGCUGAGCAAGCUGAGUAAGCAGCUGUAUGAGGUGAUGCACAAGGCGUCUCGUCAGCACCACGCGUCUCAGAGCAACACGCGCCCGCCUCGCCCUGCACCCUCAGGGGAAUCGAACAGGAGGUCUCAGGGAUCCCUGAAGGAAGCUCCGAGUCCUGGGGGGCAGACCCCCCCACUGCGCCCCCAGCGGAACCCCUCUCAUGGAGACACGUCCACAGCACCUCCCACGGGGACCCCCACAGAGACCCCCACAGGGACCCCCGCAGGGACCCCCGCAGGGACCCCCACACGGCCCCCCACACGGCCCCACACAACGCCCCCCGCAGAGACUCCCACAGGGACUCCAGCAGUGCAACCCACGGGGACCCCCAUCGUGCCCCCUACAGAGACCCCCGCAGAGACCCCCACAUGGACCCCAGCAGUGCAACCCACGGGGACCCCAAUGGAGACCCCCACGACGGAGCCCCCCGCAGCCAUUCCCGUUCCUCGUCCAAGGUGGUCCACAUCAUCGACAGCCAUCCAGGGGGAUAAGAAGACCCCUCCGGCACGACCCCCGCCCAGGAGGUCCCUGGUGGUGCACGGCGCGGGCGACGCUGCUUGGGGGGCCCCCAACGGGGAGCUCGCCGCCACCGCCGCCGCCGCCGCCGCCGCCGCUCACCCGCAGGGAGACGCGACCAGACCCAACUCCACGCAAAACGGAACGGAGAACGCAAACGCAGCAUCCGAGGAUGAAUGCAGAGGGCCGAAAUUGGCUUCCGCGGAUCUCUCUGGGGAAGAUGGACCUGCUUCCACGGAUGUCUCUGGGGAAGAUGGACCUGCUUCCACGGAUGUCUCUGGGGAAGAUGGACCUGCUUCCACGGAUGUCUCUGGGGAAGAUGGACCUGCUUCCACGGAUGUCUCUGGGGAAGAUGGACCUGCUUCCACGGAUGUCUCUGGGGAAGAUGGACCUGCUUCCACAGAUGUCUCUGUCGUCAUCCCCGCGGAUUCCGAGGAUUUGUCUGGAGAAACUAAAUCGGCUUCGGAGAAUGUCUGUAUCCAAGAUAAAUAUGAUUCCCAGGGUGUCUCUGGAGAACCUAAAUCGCCCUCCGUGGAUGCUUCCAAAGUGACCGGUGCAAGUUCAGAGCCCCGUGUCCCCAGUGCGGCUUCCGACGAUAUCCCGGGACAAGGCAGCGUGGCUAAAACAGCUGCCGAGGAUGUCACUGCAGCUCGGGCGGCUUCCGAGGAUAUCCCCGGGCAAGACAUUGUGGCUCAAGUAGCUUCCGGGGAUUUCUCGUGGUUGGCCGGCACAGCUUCCGAGGGCGCGCCGUGCGCCGCCGCCGCCGCCGCCACUUCCGUGGCCGUCGCCGAGGCGGCUUCCGCGGAUUUCCAGGCGACGACGGUCGGGGUUCAAGAUGACGCCGCUCGGGACGAUCAAGGGCAGCACGGAGGAGGGGGGAGCGAUGGAGACACGGGUGGAGGUGAUGGCGAUGUCACCAGCGAGAGGAAAGGAGAUGCCGCGAAUCUCAGUUUACCUCCCGGAUAUCUUUUCAAGGUGUGCGCGAGCCACGACUACGAGGCCGCCGACAUGGACGAGCUGAGCUUCCUGGAGGGUGACGUCAUCCUGGUGCUCGACUACGCACACGGCCAGGAGCAGGACGACGGCUGGCUGCUGGGCAUGCGGGAGGCGGCCUGGACCCAGCAUCGAACCGUAAUCGGCCACUCCGGGGUCUUCCCACAAAACUUCACCACUCCCAUUUUGCCCUGAGCCCAUCCACCUUCUUCCCCUGGGUCCCUCCCCCCAUCUCCCUCUGUCUCUCUCCAUCUCUGUCUGUCUCUCUCCAUCACCCUCUCUCUCCAUCACCCUCUGUCUCUCUCCAUCUUCCUCUGUC